AUGCGGCAUCUUCGUCAGUUGGGCUCACGCUCGCCCAGCAAACUUCACCGCGAUGCCGUGCAACGGCUCGAGCUGGCCGACCGAGCCCAGCAAGCAUACUUUCUCGCGUACGAGCUCGAAUGUGAAAUGGCCGACUUGGUGGUGUGGACUGAAGCCAUGAUCAUUCCGCAGUCAUGGCGCCUGGCCAUUCGAAAACACUUGGCCCCACUCGUCCGGCGCAUGAAGGUGCAUGUGGCGCACUUGAUUCAAGCGGAAUCGCACCUCUUGCCACCAUUUCAUCCGCGAAAUCUCGCGCAGUUCGAGGGGUUGCUCCAGCGUACCGAGGACAUAUCUGUCGUCUUGUAUGACACGAUGCAGGAGUGCAAACGCCGCGCGACCGACGGGGAACGAGUCGUGGCAGCGACGAUGAUCCAGCGCCACGUGCGACGUCACUUGCGGGCGAAAGGGUUCUACACAAAAAUUGUCAAGCUCACGAGGCUGCAGCGCGGACUCAUCCCGGGGCUCUUUGACGGCCUCAAAGGUGAAACCAUCAUGAGUAUCACGGCAGACGCCAUCACGCUGGAAUAUCCCAAAGCACUCAAUCGGCCCUCGCCAGCCCAGAAGGAUGGACGACCCAAUGACAAGACAAAUCACUCUACAUGUUAA